UCGCGCUGUGCUGGUGGUGACGUCAUUCAUAAGGAUGGCGAGCACAGGACUGCUGUUGGCUCGCGGCUGCUGCCGAACUGCGAAUAAUAUCACAGGUCAUGGACAGAGACGUCUUUCUGUAUCAUCAGCUGUGCUUGCACGCACUCAUGUUAGUUAUGAGGUCAAGGACAAUGUUGCUGUGGUGCGAAUCAAUGAUCCCAACUCAAAGGUGAAUACUCUUUCAAGGCAGAUGCAGGCAGAGAUGACCGAUGUGAUGAGAGAGAUUUGGGGGAAUUCGGGGGUGAAGAGCGCCGUUCUCAUCUCCAGCAAACCAGGAUGCUUCAUCGCAGGAGCAGACAUCAGUAUGAUCCAGGCCUGCAAGACACCAGAGGAAGUGACAUCACUCUCACAGGAAGGUCAGAAGAUGUUUGAACAGAUCGAGAAAUCUCCGAUUCCUAUAGUGGCGGCUAUUAAUGGGUCCUGUCUGGGAGGCGGUCUUGAGUUUGCCAUUGCCUGUCAGUACCGUGUGGCCACUAAGAGUAAGAAAACGAUUCUGGGCACCCCAGAGGUGAUGUUGGGACUGUUGCCCGGGGCCGGAGGGACUCAGAGACUGCCUAAAAUGGUGGGCCUCCCAGCAGCAUUUGAUAUGAUGUUGACCGGCAGGAACAUUCGUGCCGAUAAAGCCAAAAAAAUGGGUCUUGUCCAUCAGCUAGUGGAUCCUUUGGGACCAGGACUGAAGAGUCCAGAAGAGAGAACUAUCGAGUAUCUGGAAGAAGUGGCUGUUGAGUUUGCUAAAGGUCUCGCAGGGAAAAAAAUCACUGUAGAAAAGAAGAAAGGUUUAAUGCAAAAGAUGCAGGAUUUUGUGAUGGGUCUGCCACCGGUCAGGAAACAGAUCUACAAAACUGUCCACAAUAAAGUAAUGAAACAAAGCAAAGGGCUUUACCCUGCUCCACUGAAGAUCAUAGAGUGUAUACAGACAGGCAUUGAAAGCGGUCAGACUGCAGGAUAUCAGACUGAAUCGCAGAACUUUGGCAAGUUGGCAAUGACAUCAGAGUCCAGAGCUCUGAUUGGUCUGUAUCACGGUCAGGUGGCCUGCAAAAAGAACCACUUUGGGAAGCCAGAGAGAGAAGUAAAGAAGCUAGCUGUCCUGGGGGCGGGACUUAUGGGUGCAGGUAUCGCUCAGAUAUCAAUUGAGAAGGGCGUGGCCACCAUCCUAAAGGACACGACAGGGGAAGGACUCGCCAGAGGUCAACAACAGGUGUACAAAGGGCUUCAUGACAAAACAAAGAAGAAGAGUCUUACGACGUUUGAGAGGGACUCGAUUCUGUCCACGUUAUCAGGACAGCUGGACUAUCGUGGCUUUGACACAGCGGACAUGGUGAUCGAAGCCGUGUUCGAAGACCUGUCAAUCAAACACAAAGUGGUGAAGGAGAUUGAGGCUGUUAUUCCCCCCCACUGUAUCUUUGCCACCAACACGUCAGCUCUCCCAAUCAAAGACAUCGCAGCAGCCAGCAAAAGACCUGAGAAGUUGAUCGGAAUGCACUACUUCUCUCCGGUGGAUAAAAUGCAGUUACUGGAAAUCAUCACCACAGACAAAACAUCCAGAGACACAACAGCAUCGGCUGUAUCUGUGGGACUCAAACAGGGGAAGGUCAUCAUUGUAGUGGGGGACGGUCCGGGGUUUUACACCACACGUUGUCUGGCACCCAUGUUAGCAGAGGCCGUCAGAGUCUUGCAGGAAGGAGUUGGGCCUAAGAAACUGGACGUCUUAACGACAGGAUUCGGGUUUCCUGUCGGCGCGGCGGCCCUUGCUGAUGAGGUCGGUAUUGACGUGGCGGCUCACGUUGCAGAGGAUCUCGGUAAGGCGUUCGGAACACGAUUCGGGGGAGGCAAUGUCGAGGUUUUGAAGACGAUGGUCCAGAAAGGCUACAAAGGACGAAAGUCGGGAAAAGGUUGUUAUGUGUAUGGAGCGAAAGACAAGAAGGUGAACUCGGGAGCAGAGGAGAUUCUAAAGAGUUUUAAACUAACAGCGCCCCCUGCUGUCUCUUCUGAUGAAGACGUUCAGUACCGACUCGUGUCUCGAUUCGUGAACGAGGCCAUUCUGUGUCUGCAGGAAGGCAUUCUGCCCGACCCUGUGCAGGGAGAUAUCGGUGCAGUGUUUGGACUCGGCUUCCCACCUUGUUUAGGAGGCCCAUUCCGUUUCGUUGACUCAUUUGGAGCCGACAAGCUGGUGCAGAAAAUGAAGCGUUUUGAGGAGGUUUAUGGAAACCAGUUCACUCCCUGCCAGCUGCUCGUCGACCACGCCAAAGACUCCAGCAAGAGAUUUCACAAGUGAAACUUUAUGACUCUUAACAUCUUCUGAAAGUGAGAUACGGGGUGAAAAUGGUAACAGAGAAAGUGGUGCACUAUUUACAAGAUGUUUAGUUAUUAAAUGCAUUUUCAGUGCACAUAAUGCAGCAGUUGUCACGUUUUUACAAAUGAUUUUCUUUUGGUCGGGCUGAAGAUGGAGUUUAACACUGAUUGUUGUAUCAAGUUUAAUAGUUUGUAUAUUUGCAAACGAUUGUGAUACAAUAAAUCCAAAAACUAUA